CUUUAUUCUUGUGGUCACCUUUGACCGUGACCAAUCAGCAUCGCGUUUACAUGGACGUACGUGCUUGACGCAUCAGCGAUUUUGUUGUGAAAUCUACGUAGCAGAAACACCCGGAUUUUGAAGUACAGGUGCAAUCGUUCAGGAUAUAUCCCCUUUCUGGUGGAUUAGCCACCCAGAUCUUGCCACCGUGGAUCCCAAGGACACUAGGCUGGAUGUCUCUUUCAAAGGACCCGGAAAAAGGAUGAAGAAACGGAAGGAAUUGGACGCCCUCGUCAGCGGCAAGUUGACGAAAAAGAAGCGGGAGGGACACGAACUCUUACGGUCCACAGGCAGCGAUUCGUCCGAUCUGGAGGAAUUUUCUCUUCCCGUUAGAAAAGCAGGUUUCUCAAAAAGACAUUCCAGAUGCAGGUUGUGUACGCGGUCGUGUUUCCCUCUCUGUAUAUUCGUGUUGAUGACGGCCUGUAUCAUCACCUCCGGCGGACUGGUCUGGAUGCACCUUGACCUUAAGAAGGACCUGGACAAUCUCAGGGAACAUCUUGCCAGAGUGGAGCAAAGUGAAAUGGCGAUGCCAGGCCAGUUGGAGGAACUGAAACAGAAACAGAAACAUCAGGACGACCGAGUGGAGCUACUCAGUACAGGUGAUACCGGGCUGAGCGUCGCCAACAAACACCUGGCACAGCUGGAUAAACAGAUUGCAAAGCUGAACAAGACCACUCUCAGCAUAAGUGCAAGUGUGUCCUCCUCACAGAAGCUGGUGGCUUUACCAACAACAGUUGAAGACCUGUCAAAGCAAAUGGCUUCCAUCGGUAGUGAGAUUGAGUCCAUGAAAGAAGAAAUGGCAACAACAACAAGUACACAGAGGCAACUUCUACAGCAGGUGGACAAUAUGAGGGCAGAACUAGAACAAAUAAAGAGAAACGAAGCUGUGACAGACGUCCCUUCAGCUGCAGCUGUAGCACCUGUACCCGGCGUCUCCCCGACCACCAUGUCACCUGUCCAACAGCUGACAGCUGCUGCUGCGGCCACCAAGGCCCGCGCUGAGCUCGGGGAGACAGACAGCGGUGUGCUGAGCAGUUACGUGGAGAAGGAGGUGGCCAGUCUAACAGCGAUGGUGCACCAGCUGAAUGACACCAUACAAGCCUGUGUCAACACAUAUUCGGUUGUAACGGCAGAACUGAGGGCAAACAUGAGUGUGCUGACCAAUAGGGUGUCUGUUCUGGAGGCGGGCGGAGUCAGUGUAACGUCAGGGAACAUCACCAGUUCUCCUGUGAACCUGCUCCAGUUGAGAGCUGACAUGGACAAGUUGCUGAAGGGUGUUGGAGGUGGAAACAGCACCUCAGGUCUUGGUGACAACAGUUUCAACAGCCUGAUGGCACAGAUCAGGAACAUCACUGUGGCCAUGGAGACACUGAAGGCACAGGUGGCACAGUCCCAAGCGGAUGACCUGAACGACCUGAACAGCAACCUGCUGAGCAACAGGACAGUCAACUCAUUACAGGGUAUCCUGGCUAACGCAGCCAAGAAGUUCAAGGACGAGAACAGCGUGAGCCAGGAACAGUUCACAGAGCUGGAGGAGGCUAUACACAACCUGUGGGAGAUAACAUCCCAGCACAGUAAUGAGAUGGUGGUGGUGAAGGCCCAGGUCUCCCAGCUACUGAGGACAGUACAGAACAUUCUGGACACCAUGGACGUGGAGCUUCUCAACUCCAGGAACAUCACAGCAGGCAACAACACACUGGACAUCGGGCCAGAUGUAGGUUUUGAGGAUGUUGAGACUCCAAUUGGUGUAGAAUCGACGACAGUUGUAGCGCCGGCGAUGAACCUAGAACUGACAGAAUGCCAGAGGGAAAACUUAGAGGCAGUGGAAAGCGAUCUGUAUGGGAUAUACAUCCCCCAGUGUACGGAGGAUGGGCGCUACCUGCCUCUCCAAUGCGACCCCAGUAGUGGGUACUGCUGGUGUGUGGAUCAGUAUGGACUGGAGAUAGAAGGCACCAAUCUGGGCAGGGGCAUGUUGCCCAACUGUGAAGAUUACGGUGCGGAGGUCGUGACGUCCCCUUCAGCCUCCAUCCAGUCCCUGCUCAGCUCCACCAAGGCCAUCCUGGACGGGCUGGCGGCCACCAAACCGGCGCAGGCCAACAAAACCGACGUCGCUCAAAUCCUGCUGAACGGUACUCUCGCCACCCCCGUCAAUGUCACUGUGUCCUUCAAUGUCACCGAACUAGACGUCGCGUUGCAUGAUGGGAAUGGCACAAACACAACAGCUGUCAUGAGUGUGGAGGGUGAAUUGCAUGAUGGGAAUGAAACAUUGCAUGGUGGGAAUUCAGCCUUAAAUGAAACAGAGGCUGUUGGGAAUGCCACAGAGCCUACUGUAGUGAUGGAGGUGACGACUGAGUGGCCCCAUCUCCCCCCUAUGAAAGGAUACGAAACACCACAUGCUUUGGAGAUAGGAUUCUUUCGCUGGGACGUCAACGGGGACGGGCACGUGAAUUAUGAAGACAUGGCCGACUUCCUGGGUCCUAAGCUGCCACUCAGGGAAGACCUGAUGGCCUUUGACGCAGAUGGAAAUGGACAGCUUGAGCUCCCAGAGUUCUACAGGGCUUUUGGCUUCCAUGAAAAGCCCAUGCACAUUCCCACAGAAGAUGAGGAGAUGGCAGAGAACUCUGAUGAAGCUGAAAACCUCCCUCCUGUCCUGGCAGGUAAAAGAGCAAGUACAGAUGGUGGCGAGACCAAGUGCACCCAGGACAGACUGGAGGCCAAAGCGAGUGGUCUGAUUGGCCAGUACGUCCCGCAGUGUACGGAGGACGGGAGGUACCGCCCUCUGCAGUGCCACGCCAGUACUGGGUACUGCUGGUGUGUGGACGAGCUGGGAGAGACGAUAGAAGGGACCAAGGCAGGCCGAGGGAUGGUGCCCAGCUGUGACGAGUUUGUCGGCGAGCCCCUGCCCGUGCCCAUAGAGGGAGACGGAGACGCGGACAGUGAGCAGGACAUCAACAGCCUGUCCGACCUGCUCAAGGACUUCAAGAGGAGCCAACCAGAUCCUUCCAACUAGGUACCGCCCCCCUCCCCCAACAACCAGAACCAAAUAUAGUCAUCAAAUCAGACAAGACGUUCUGUGCUUAGCUACGAAAGACUACAUACGGUUGUAGCAAAGAACCAGUAUUUUUCAACAGACAGAAAUGUGAAUCUGACACAUUAAGACUCAAAAUUAAUUUGUGGAUUUACCUUAGUUUUAAUUUUUACUUGCAACAUCAUAAAUUAGAUUUUGAGGGUGGUAAAUGAAAAACUAGUGGUGGCAUCAGUUUAUAACAAAACUAUGUGUUUGGGCAUUAAAUUCAAAUGAGAUGUAAACUAUGCAUAUCCUGAUAGACUGUAACUUUACAAGUGUGUGUUAGACAUCAGACUGAUGGUUGUUUGCCUUACCUAAAACUAAAAAGUAAGUGUUACCAGGGUAUUAGACAUUUAUGUUCUUUGUAGUACAUAAUGUAUUCUUGAUUAGAUUCUUACUUGUGAAGGAUGGAUCAGGAAAGACAGAUGUUUUAGAAUUACAUCUGUAUAGUAAUUUAUAGAAGCAAGUUCGCAGAAGAAAGAUACAGAUUGUAAGAAAUUAUAAGUAGGACCAAGCACAAUCACUAUCAUAUGCUUUUUUUAGGACUGACUGUUAACUGAUAGAUUUUCACGAAAAACUCCCUCUUCCCUCUGCAAAGGAAUGAUGGUACAUUCCUUGUCACUGUUUGGUGUGCUUUGGAUGAACUGCAUACUCAUAUAACAAUGUUUUGUCCAAACAUAAGUUUGUGAUUUUAUCAGAAAUCGUUCUUAUUGUCAUAGAAGUCACUUUAAGGUUCUUAUUGUCUGAUAUAAUGAAUUGUAUCUCUGUAUGUACAUGUAGGCAAAUGCUCUAUAGCAACAGAUUUGCACUAGCAACAAGGCACAGUAGAGGUAGUGUCUGUCUGUCUUUGGUAGAUUUUGUGUAAGGACAUGUAAGAACUAUGCCACAGAAUGAAAAAAAGAAAGUGACCCAGAUUCAACUUUGCAACAUAUUCUAUAGUAGAGAUUGUGAGGAAGCAUACAUAGUGAUUGUCAGCACCAUGUAAAGUCAGCACAAUGUAUAGUCAGUAAAGUUGAUCAGGAAAAUGUCAAAGUACACCAUGCUGUUAUACAUGUUUUUGGUGUAAUGGAUUUAUAUUCUUAAGAUGAUAUUUCUGCUUGCUACUGUCAAUACCUCUGUCGUUAAGGAUAGGAAACAUUUUACAUGUAUCUGAAAACAGCUAGAUUGCUUGUUACAUACCCCACCUCUUCUCUCUUUACUCCUGCUUUGCAAAGAUGCCCGUGUAUUAACAAAGGAUAAAAAUGUGAACCAACAGAGCACACACAUGGAAACAAAUGUAUGAUUUUACUCGUAUCUUGUCUGCGUAAUUACAUGCAUAACACACCUGUCCACACAUUUUAGUAAUAAUUCCUGCUGCAAUAAUUAUGCUAAGAUGUAUGCAUUCAAUGUACUUGGUAUUGUGUAGGAAUAUUAUGCAUUAUAUGGUAACUUGCAACACAUGGUUAAUUCCCCCUCAGUAUUGCUGCUUUUCUUGUGGUAAAAAAGUUUGAUUAUCUUUGAAGUGUAAAUAUCACUCCAGGCAGGCUUUACUAGUAAACUUCUGAUUGUAAAUAUGCUUUGGAGUGGAAGUCUGUACCUUUGUAAGUAAACCGAAGAGUAGACAAUCAGCAGAUUUGCAAGUAGAUGCCAGAAAAAAGUGUGAAUAAAAGGGUAAAAGACAAGUGUU